AAAGAACCAAACACCAAGAAACCCUCCUCUUGACCAUUUCAGCCAUUCAACUCAUCAACAUCGAACUAGUCACCCAACUUGCACAGACUGUUCACUUAUCGAUCGAUCUCUUCUCCAGUCUUCAAUUGAGAAAAAUCUACAAAGUUUACCCAGGCAAUCGAUCGGUCGGAUUCCACAACUUGAUCUACAUUUUCUUAUCUCAACAUCUGAAGGAAUAGGACAGGAUAGCAGCACACUAGCAUCCAACUGAAAACAAAAAGAAGAGAAAAUUUACCAACAGGACAACCCAGGCAGUUGCCGAUUUCUCAAACGCAUACAUCGAACACUUUGAAUCAACAAAAAAAGAUUACUCCAUACAUACAUCUCAGCUAAGGCCACGCUUGCUCCGGGUUUUCUAAUGAAUCACGAAUCAGGCGGAUCGGAUCUAGACCAACAGAUCGAGAAACUAAAACGGUGUGAAAUCAUCAGUGAAUCACAAGUGAAGGAACUCUGUCUGAAAGCACGAGAGAUCCUGGUGGAGGAGUCCAACGUACAAUGGAUUGACUCGCCCGUAACAAUAUGUGGCGAUAUUCAUGGUCAGUUUAUGGACCUCAAAGAACUAUUUCGUGUCGGUGGCUGGUGUCCCGACACAAACUAUCUUUUCAUGGGUGACUUUGUGGAUCGGGGAUUCUAUUCAGUCGAGACGUUUUUACUGCUACUAGCCUUCAAAGUACGAUAUCCGGACCGAAUCACAUUGAUCCGAGGGAAUCAUGAAUCAAGACAGAUCACACAGGUCUAUGGGUUUUAUGAUGAAUGUAUGCGGAAGUACGGCUCGACCUCGGUCUGGAGGUAUUGUUGUGAGGUCUUUGAUUAUCUCAGCUUGGGCGCCUUGGUCGAUGGAAGGGUGUUUUGUGUCCACGGCGGUUUGAGUCCCAACGUUCAUCGAAUCGAUUCAAUUAAAUUGAUCGAUCGGAAACAGGAAGUACCUCACGACGGACCAAUGUGCGAUCUUCUCUGGUCAGAUCCUGAUGACAUCGAAGGCUGGGGAUUGAGUCCAAGAGGGGCGGGUUAUUUAUUCGGAGGAGAUAUUGCGAAAGCAUUCAGUCAUGAAAACGAUCUAGAUCUGAUCGCACGUGCCCACCAGCUGGUGAUGGAAGGGUACAAACUGAUGUUUGAUGAUUCAAUCGUCACCGUCUGGAGUGCACCGAACUAUUGUUAUCGAUGCGGUAACGUAGCGUCGAUCCUUCAGCUGGACGAACAUCUUCACUCGGUCUAUCAAGUCUUUGAAGCAGCCCCCCAAGAUCCAAGAGGCGUCCCCGCAAAAACAGCCAGUCUGAGCUACUUCCUAUAA